AUUAUGUCGGAGGACUUUCCAGCAAUCGAUGAUGAAACCGAGUUGUCAGCAAAGUUUCCAUACCGCCUCCUCAAUCCCUCUCGUCAAGAAAUCCGCCUGCUCGAACUGCGACCAGGCGAAGAGAGCUCUCCAAUCCAAGCGUCUCUCAUCAAACUUCGCUUGUCAGAGGAUCUGAUUUAUGAAGCCCUCUCAUACGCCUGGGGAGAAGAUCCUUCAAUGACUGUCCCGAUCUCUCUCAUCUCCAACAGACAUACCCAACCAUUUACGAUUCAAGUUACCACCAGCCUCGCUAUCGCUCUCAAGCAACUUCGUUACACUGAUUCCGUAAGAAUUAUAUGGGCUGACGCGAUAUGUAUCAACCAAAGCGAUAUCUCUGAGAGAAAUCAGCAGGUCCGCAUUAUGGAUGGGAUUUAUAGAUCCGCUACCCGAGUUUGCGUCUCUUUAGGAGGAGAAGCCCACUCCAGCAAUGAAGCAAUGUCACUUAUAGCCUUACCAAUCGAAGACAUAAUUUCGAGUAAAUUAAUUUCCAAUCCUUCAUGGGGUUUGGCCUGGCGUGCCCUCACAUUCUUGGUGCAAAGAAGAUGGUUUCAACGUUGCUGGGUGGUGCAGGAAGUCGCUAUUGCGAAGGAAAUAACCUUAUAUUGUGGUUCUGCAUCUGCUCCCUGGGAUCACUUACUUUUACAGAUUAGGCCCCUGUAUUUGGACGUUUCGAGCCUUCCUUCGAGCAACGGAAGACCAACACACCACACCAGUCAUCUAAUACAAUGCGAGGCACCUACGAAGUGGGAAAUGUCUGAUGACGACUUCAAAUGUAAGACUACGAGCGGGGCAUUGAAGAUAUGGCAAUUAAAUGGCGCCAAACUUUCUUUCGGUAAACUGGGUAUGAAAGGUUUUUUGAAUAAUUGUUCGUACUCAAAUUGCUCUUACUCAAGGGAUGCCAUGUACUCCAUGUUAGGCAUUGCCAAGGGGGAAAAAAGCAUGUUUUGGUGUAUCGAUUACGAAAAAGAAACAAUUGAAGUCUUCAUAGAUGCUGUAGAGAAUAUUGUUGAGGCUACUGGUAGUUUAGACAUUUUAUGUUACAGUCGAUGGACCGAGAAUAAUGACCACGGUAAUCGCCACUCCUGGGUACCUAGAUUCGCUGGCGGAUUCGAGAGAUGCGGUUGCGUUGGCUUCUUCGCAAAUGGCUUUACCAUCAGUUAUGCGCAGAUGAAAGACACGAUGGAAAUAUUGUACUGGAUAGGUCGCUCUACAGCGCCUCCGGAAGCCAUAAAGCCAAUUUUCACUUUGAUCGCUCCAAUCGUCAGAUAUCGGUUGCAGGUAUGGUGGUGGACAAAGUAACCAAAGCCUUAGAUCCCCUGGUGCAAAGCUCUUCACCCUACAUGCCUCAAGACUAUGCAAUACAUAUACCAAAAUCAUGGAGAGAAGCAGCAACGUAUUCCGCCAAUACGAUCGACAACAAAGUCCACCAUGACAAAAGAUUCGAUACAUUUUGGAGAACCCUAGUAGCAGACAGAAAUAACUACAUCUCCGCCCCUGAACUACACGUUAGCUCAUUCUCGGACUUCGAAGAAAUAUUCUCGCUUGAUAACGGUAGAUAUAUCAAACAAGCAUACUCUCCAGCACCACAAGAAUGGGCUCUUGAAGCUGAAGCGUGGAUAGAACCCGAUAUAACGUUUUUUGUUGAUUCUCAUUCGGCAUUCCUUAGGAAGCUUUCUUAUUGUGUACCAAACAGACGAUUCAUUAUCACUGAGAAGAGUAUGGGACUUGCUCCUGAAGCAUCUCAUGUCGGUGAUUUUGUCUGCGUCUCGCUGGAUUGCUCAGUACCAGUCAUUCUGAGACCCGUUAAAGGGUCCAGUGGUCUCUAUAAUCUUGUUGGAGAAGCGUAUAUACAUGGUAUGAUGGAUGGACAGGCCAUCGAGAAGCUUGAGAAUGGGGAGUUCAAGAUGCAGAGGUUCUUGAUUACUUAA